AUGGACGUGGAUACAAAUAUGCAGACGUGUGAAACUCUUAAAAAUACCACCAAUGGAGGACAAUUAAAUGGUUGCGGCACACCGAGUGGUCCGAAAAAUGAUUGUUCCUCAACAAAUGGUCAUUCAAAGGCUGAAGAGGACCAUGAGAAUAAGGAUGAACAACAAUAUUUAGAUUUAAUAGACAGGAUAAUAAGAACAGGAGCCAAAAAGGACGAUCGCACCGGUGUUGGCACUGUGUCCAUUUUCGGUGCCCAAAUGCGAUUCGAUAUGCGAAAUUGUUUCCCCCUAUUGACAACCAAACGAGUAUUUUGGAGAGCCGUGGCCGAAGAACUUUUGUGGUUCAUACGUGGUUGCACCAAUGCCAAAGUGUUGCAGGAUAAAAAUAUUCACAUUUGGGAUGGCAACAGUACACGAGAGUUUUUGGACAAACUUGGUUUUACCGACCGUAAGGAAGGUGACUUGGGUCCUGUGUAUGGCUUCCAGUGGCGUCAUUUUGGAGCUAAAUAUCGUACAUGCGAUGAUGAUUACACCGGUGAGGGUAUUGAUCAACUGAAAAAUGUUAUCCACACAAUACGCACUGACCCCGAUAACAGGCGUAUUAUAAUGUCCGCCUGGAAUCCCAGUGAUAUACCCCUAAUGGCAUUGCCACCAUGCCACUGUUUGGCACAAUUUUAUGUUGCAAAUGGAGAAUUGUCAUGCCAAUUGUUUCAACGUAGCGCCGACAUGGGCUUGGGUGUACCAUUUAAUAUUGCUUCGUAUGCUUUGUUAACGUAUAUGAUUGCUCACAUUACAGGACUUAAGCCGGGUGAUUUUGUCCACUCAUUGGGCGAUACACAUGUCUAUUUGAAUCACAUUGAACCGUUAAAUGAACAAUUGAAACGUAAACCACGUAAAUUUCCAAAAUUAAUAAUCAAACGUCAAGUGGAGGACAUUGAGGAUUUUAAGUUUGAUGAUUUUGAAAUUGUUGACUAUAAUCCGUAUCCAAAGAUACAUAUGGAGAUGGCUGUUUGA